CGGCCCAUACAGAGUUCCAGAACCCCCAGAGAACUGAACGGAAAGAGAGACAAUGAGGCCAAAGAAGUUUAGCCAGGGUGUCUUGCCUUUAUUGGCCGGCAGUCUCCUCUUCAGCUGCUCCCUUCCGUGUUCUGCUCAAGUGGAAGGGGUCACCCCUGACUCAUCUGCCCCUCCAGGAAAAUGUGGGAACGAAGAAAUCCUCGAUAUUGGAUCGGGCAAAUGCAGACGAUGUGCAUCGAAUCUGAUGAAGAGCCCCGAUGGUUUGAGAUGUGUCUGUGCACCUGGGCCCAGUCCAAGACCUCCUCCAGUGGAUUGCAGGGACUGUAACACCUUUCCACUCCGGACGCUUUGGGAGACCCUGUUCCUAGAUUCCAGUUUUCUGGCUUGCAACAAUACCUGCAACGAAGCAGCGUGUCAGAUGCUCACCAACAUGGUCACUCUGCAGGCUUUCUCUUUGCAAAACAGGGCCUAUGAUCUCUACACAAAAACUAAAAGCCCAGACCUUCCACAAUUAUGGUACAGCAGGUCGGAAACAUCUUUUCCUCGGGUGUCUUUUGGGAGGAAUUCCCAGAUCCGCUUAAAGGCUACGAAGUAUGAUGCAAGAGGGAAUUUUUUAGGCUGGGAAGACGUGAGUGGAGAGACACUGCAGCUCUGUCCAGGCAGCCAAAAUGUCUUGAAUGCUGCGUUCAUGUUUGGAACUUCGUACAAUCGGUCGUGCUCUCUGGACAUCUCACGCUUGCUGCAAAGAGAUCCAGAGCCCACCUUUUACGAGCUGUUCUUGCAGUACGAUGAUGAGAAGGGGAAUGCUCAAUGGUGGCCGGUCCCUGUGGAGAAUCCCGCCAUAACAACAAGCAGCUCAGCGUCACUAAGCUCUUGGGCAUUUAGAAGAUUUUUUCUUGUUGAUGGGCUGAGCGGCAGGAAACACAACUUGACUGAUCCCCCGGAAACUGUGACACUCGCGGCUGGAUUGAUACUCAGCGUGUACCUGCCAACUAGUAACCCAGGAAACCAACCCCCUUUCCUUUUGACAGUGGAAUAUGUGCAGCGAAGCAACCCUGGGAUCGUGCAGGCAUCAUUUUCUGUCACGUAUAUUCAGAGUCCUGGAACAGCUCAGCAGACCACCGACAUAUCGUUUGGAGUCUUCAGUUCUCUUGCAGUUUUGUACUCUUUGCUGAAGGUCAGCAGCUGGGCCCGGCGCUCCCGACUUCAGAACAUAAAUCUUAUGAUCAUAGUGAAAUUCUUUGCCUACCUGGCUGGUUCCCUAGCAAACGUCUUCUUCCUGAUCACCUUGGGAAUUGGUAUUUACUGGCUCAUAGUUUUCAAGGGCCAACAACAUUCCACCGUUGAAGUGACACUCCCUCCUGCUGGUGGGCCAAUAGAAACCCGCUUUAUUAUUUAUGUGCUGUGUGGGCUAGUGUUGAAGUCCUUGGACCUUGUGCAUUUGCUGAUCACCCAGCUGACCGUCUCCAUCUUCCUGAUAGACUGGGAGAAACCAAGGCAGAAAGGGGUGCAGAGGACGCCCACAGGAGGAGAUCAGAGAGCGGCUUCUUCGGUGAGCGCCUGGAGAACUUUCCUGAUAGCUAAUGAGUGGAAUGAGCUUCAGACCCACCGGAAAGCAAAUCCUUUCUUUCAGCUUUUUGCCACUUUGCUGCUUCUGGAGGUGGUGGGACUGAAGAACCUGGCCUCAAGAGACCUGAAUGUGAAUCUGUACCCGGGCUCAGAUGCCCCCCUGGCUCCGUGGAGCCCCAUCCUUCGCUUUGGAAUAGCUGCUUCAGUUCGGCUGGCCAUCGGGAUCGUGCAGGUGCUGAUUUCAGUGGGGCUAUGUGAGCGUUUUGUGGGGAACAAGAUCCAGCAGUUCGCCGACCUUUGUUCCUUGAGCAAUGUGUCUGUGUUCAUCUUGAUGCACAGGUGCUACGGUUUCUACAUCCACGGAAGAAGCGUCCACGGCCACGCCGAUGUCGACAUGGACACUAUGCACUCUUACCUCCAGAAGGAGGAGGAGAAUCUUUGCCCCCUCAGAGGCCUGGAGGCCAACUCAGACAUCCAGACGUUUGAAGUGCUUCUCACUGACAGAACCCGCGCACUCUAUGACAAAAUAAAUCUGCCCUUAGCGGAGGCUCCAAGAGGGACACAGAUCCGGUCUGACAUCCACGACCAGAGAUUGAGAAGCUACCAUGCCUUGAAUCGCUUUCUGACCUCUUUCCUGGAGCACAGGUACAAAGAUAUGGACUAUGUGGUGAAAAACAAGUUUUUGCUGGAACGGAUCCUGGAUGUGGAAUUCCAAGAGCCAGGAGAGGUGUCUGUUCUGUACAAUGAUGAAAAUGCUUUGUUUGGCAGAGUUCUUUUCUACAAUCAUGAGCUCACGCUGCUCAUCUUUGAAACCCUGGUCUUCUGUUCGGUGGAUCUGGGGGCGCAGGAUUUCGUGCUAGGGGCUCUUGUCACCUUAGUUGUGCAAAAGCUUGCGCAAAUUCUACGUGGGGUGCUCGGAAAGAGGAACCUGGCUGAGAAAACCCUGGUGGAGAAACAGUUCUUGAUCUAGAACCAAACAGCAAGCAAAUGGAUUGGAGCUGUGCUGGGUUAUUAAACGUGGCCCUUGCUGUGAGCCACUGGGGACUUUCAAUCUUGUCAUCCCUUUGAUUGUGGCAUGUGAGGUGGUCCAGACCCGCCCUGGAAGCUGCCAAGACCCGGUCUUUAACUACAUGAAGUUGUUGAUGCUUUAGUGCCUCUGACCAUGUGCCAAGUACUUUCUCCAGAGCAGGAGUGAAUGGUAGCAGCCAGCUUUCACAUACUUGCGAUUAAGUGAGAUCUGUCAUCUUGGGGUGGGGGGUGGUGGCAUGAGAUGGGACUGAAAGUUUGCUCUUUGUUGGACUCGACAACGAGGGAUUUGCUUUUCAUCUGUGUGGAUUUUGAGAUGGCGGGGUGAAGACCCGGCUCCCCUGUUCCAUCAUGACAUUCCUUGGCUGAUCUUUGGACGCAAUUAUCUCUGCAUCUCAACAGACUCACAGGGUUUAUUGUCAAGACCAAAUAUUGUCGGAGAGACGUAUCUGCUGAGCUCCUUGUGAAAAGGGUGGGAUAAAAAUGUAAAAAUAAAUAAGUUAAUAAAAGAUUGCACCCCUCUGA